CAGCGCACCAGUACUGAGCAGAAGUGGAUGUUUGAUGCUUUAAUCUUCUCUCCCCUCACAAUGGAGUGGAUUUGAUCACGACACAAAUCCAUGAGGACUUUUACUCAAGUAGAAGUGAGUGUCUGCAAGAGGACUCUUAAGAGAAGUUGGAGAUAAACAGAAACUUUUCCAGGAGUUUAUCAGCACAGAUAAGCAAGCUCAAGAGGACGGUGUUUUUACUGCUGCUGUUCUGGGAUCUGUUGUUGUUGCUGCUGAAGACUGUUCAGUACCAUGGCCGGGGUCACAAGGAAGGGAUCUGGGAGACCCUCAUACUACUACAGAUUCCUGGGCAAGUCCAGGCUGCAGCGUCAGCGGAGCCGGUCUCGCAGUCGAACUAGGCCGUCCACCAGCAGGGAGUCUCCUCCAGAGAGGACGGGACGCCGACGCAGCAUGCCAGGCAGUUCCUCUGACAAAACCACACCCAACAUGGAGGCUACAUCCACUGCUGGCACACCUUUCAGAGUCACCGUGAGUACUGGCUUUUUAAGUCGACGGCUGAAGGGCUCAAUAAAACGCACCAAGAGUCAGCCCAAACUUGACCGAAACUCCAGCUUCAGACACAUCCUUCCUGGCUUCAGGAGCGUCGACAAUGACAGAUCUCAUCUGAUGCCAAGGCUGAAGGAGUCUCGCUCCCAUGAGUCAUUGCUCAGCCCCAGUAGCGCUGUGGAAGCCCUGGACCUAAGCAUGGAGGACGAGGUUAUCAUCAAGCCUGUUCACAGCAGCAUCCUCGGGCAGGACUACUGCUUUGAGGUCACCACCUCCACGGGAAGCAAAUGUUUUUCCUGUCGUUCAUCAGCCGAGAGAGACAAAUGGAUGGAGAAUCUGCGGAGAGCGGUACAACCCAACAAGGACAACAGUCGACGAGUGGAGAACCUGCUGCGGCUGUGGAUCAUCGAGGCCAAAGACCUGCCAGCCAAAAAGAAGUACUUCUGUGAGCUGUGUCUGGAUGACUCACUCUACGCGCGCACUACCUGCAAACUCAAGACGGACAAUGUGUUUUGGGGAGAGCACUUUGAGUUCAACAACCUGCCUGCUGUCAAGAGCAUUACAGCACACCUCUACAAAGACACAGACAAGAAAAAAAAGAAAGAUAAAAACAAUUACAUUGGACUCGUCAACAUCCCCGUCGCCACUGUUACCGGGCGGCAGUUUGUGGAGAAGUGGUAUCCAGUGAGCAUGCCCAACCCACCUAAAGGAAAGACUUCUGGGCCUAUGAUACGGAUCAAGGCACGCUAUCAGAGCAUGAACAUCCUGCCCAUGGAGAUGUACAAGGAGUUUGCAGAGUAUAUCACCAAUAACUACAUGCUGCUGUGCUCGGUGCUCGAACCAGGGAUUAGCGUCAAGAACAAGGAGGAAAUGGCAUGUGCACUCGUCCAUAUUCUUCAGAGCACCGGCAAGGCCAAGGACUUCCUCACAGACUUGAUGAUGUCAGAGGUUGACCGCUGUGGCGAGAAUGAGCACCUCAUCUUCAGAGAGAACACGUUAGCAACAAAGGCCAUCGAGGAGUACCUCAAACUGGUGGGACAGAAGUAUCUGCAGGAUGCACUCGGUGAGUUCAUCAAGGCUCUGUACGAGUCGGAUGAAAACUGUGAGGUGGAUCAGUCAAAGUGUUCGUCAGCUGACCUGCCAGAACAUCAGAGUAACCUGAAGAUGUGCUGCGAGCUCGCCUUCUGCAAAAUCAUCAACUCAUACUGUGUCUUUCCGCGGGAACUAAAGGAGGUUUUUGCAUCAUGGCGCCAAGAAUGCAGCAACCGGGGUCGACCGGACAUCAGCGAGCGUCUAAUCAGCGCCUCUUUGUUCCUACGGUUUCUCUGUCCAGCCAUCAUGUCGCCUUCACUCUUCAAUUUGAUGCAGGAGUACCCCGAUGACCGCACAGCACGCACACUCACACUCAUUGCCAAAGUCACACAAAACCUGGCAAACUUCACAAAAUUCGGUAACAAGGAGGAGUACAUGUCCUUCAUGAACCAGUUCCUGGAGCAUGAGUGGACUAACAUGCAGCGCUUCCUGCUUGAAAUCUCCAACCCAGAGACAAUCUCAAACACGGCAGGCUUUGAGGGCUAUAUUGACCUGGGCAGGGAGCUCUCCACCCUGCACUCCCUCCUCUCUGAGGUCGUGUCCCAGAUGGACCAGAGUGCAGCCUCCAAGCUGGGUCCUUUGCCCCGUAUCCUGCGGGAAGUGAGCACAGCGCUGUCCAACCCGUCCAGUAUCCAGAUGACACCGGGACAGCCCACAGAGCAUAUGGGCUCACCUCCUGCUGAGGCUGGGUGCAGCAUCUCCACUGGGCUGCAGAAGAUGGUUAUAGACAACGACCUUUCAGGCUUAGUCGACUUCACCCGGUUACCCUCCCCAACCCCUGAAAAUAAGGACCUAUUCUUUGUGACAAGGAGCUCAGGGAUCCAGCCUUCCCCGGCACGCAGCUCAAGUUACUCUGAGACCAAUGAGCCUGAUCUGGGCAUGUCCAACGGCAGUAAGAGUCUGUCCAUGGUGGACCUCCAGGACCCCCGCAGUCUGGAAGGUGGCCAGGGCCCCAGCUCCUCAGAUGGCCUGGGUGAAGGCUCAGGAUCAGGAGGAGGUUGGUCAGCCAGGAUGCAACAGGGCAACACCCCUGGAGGUCCCACUUUAAGGAGGCCGGGACAGACCCCGAACACCAGUGGCACAGAAAGCACCCCAGGAAGACCUGCACAGCUACUCGCCCCCCUCUCCUUCCAGAACCCUGUCUACCAGAUGGCAGCAUGCCUCCCUGUGUCCCCUCGCGGUAUGACCGACUCGGGUUCAGAGUGCCAUAGCUCGGUCAGUUCCCAUAGCAACAAUGAUGAUGGACCAGCGGGAGGUAAACAGCCCUUCUUGAAUCAUGGGGGUGGCGGGGGGAGCAGUGGGGACGAGUACACCAGGCGUUCAGGGGAGUUUAACCGCCGGCAGCUAUCCCUCACAGAAACACAGCACCAGCCUACCGUCCCCAGACAGAAUAGCGCCGGCCCUCAGCGGAGGAUAGACCAGCCUCCACCUCAAAGCGUCACACGGGGUCGCACGCCCCCCAAUCUCCUCAGUGGACCUUACCCCAGACCCUCCUCUGGAAACAUGAUGACAUCAUCACCAGAUUGGCCUGUCAGCGGCGCUCGGCUACGACAGCAGUCCUCUUCUUCGAAAGGUGACAGUCCUGAAACCAAACAGAGGACGCAGCACAAACAGGCCCCCUCCCCAGUGAACCCCAGUGCGCUGGACCGCACAGCAGCCUGGCUUUUGAAUAUGAAUGUGCAGUUUUUAGACCAUGAGGGGAUGGAGCCCGAGUCACUGAGAAACAGAGAGGAUCUGACUCAGGUGGAGAAGUACCAGCAGGAGAUCGCUGUGCUGCAGGAGAAGCUGCGGGCAUCAGUGCAGAAGCUGGAGGAGUAUGAGGCCCGCCUGAAGGGCCAGGAUGAACAGGCCCAGAAGGUUCUGAUGGAGUACCAGGCCCGGCUAGAGGAGUCGGAGGAGCGCCUGCGCAGACAGCAGGAUGACAAAGACCUCCAGAUGAAAAGUAUCAUCAGCAGGUUAAUGUCUGUGGAAGAGGAGCUGAAGAAGGACCACUCUGACAUGCAGGCAGUGGUCGACUCCAAACAGAAGAUCAUCGAUGCACAGGAGAAGCGCAUAGCAUCACUGGAUGCAGCCAAUGCCCGCCUGAUGAGUGCUCUGACCCAGCUGAAGGAGCGAUACAGCAUGCAGACCCGCAACGGCAUCUCGCCCACCAACCCCAGCAAACUGCAGAUCACUGAAAACGGAGAGUUCAGGAACAGCAGCAAUUGUUAAACAGACUGCACGGAGCGUGGAGUGCCUGUACAUUUAUCACAGAGGGGACGUCUACAUACAUGCAUGAGUGGAAGCAUGCCCGGUUUGAAAGACCAUGGGGGUGUGCGUGUUUUUAAACAGACCUAGUUUUCUGGACAUCAGUGAGGAUGACGCUCACCUGAAAGAGGCGGGAUUGCAGUGUGACAGACAGAUCACUUGAAGAUCACCAGACGGCCUUCAUUAUGAGGGUGACGGUUGAGGGGGAGGCAGGGGGCGGAGCCUGUACAUAUGAAACUCUCCAUCAAACACUUUUCCUGCGGAUGUAUGCAGUCGCUGUGACAUUUCAAGACCCUGCAGACACCUGGGACGAACCACUAUAUAACCACACACAGUGAUACCGCCUGACAAGGUCGCUAUAAAAACCCUCCUCUCUCUAUUUCUCUAAAUCCCUCUCCCUCUUGACGACCAAGUGGACUCACUUAAAAACAAUAACACGCAUCAAGGAUUAUCACUUCAGUUGUCCUGAGAGGAUUACUUUCUAGUGCUUUAUUUGAAAGUCAUUGUUUAUUAAGAACCAAAUAGGAGCAGAAGAAAAAAUAUUUUUAGUCCAAAACAAUCUUUAUGUCCUUCGGGUGUGUUCCUAAGUGUCCCUCGGACCCCCUUCUCCCCCCUCCAUCCCUAUGUAGUGCACUUUGUGAGAAGCUAUUGGUACAGAAACGCCUUAAGUGAGGAACACACCUCCACUUUUUCCCCUCUUUCUGCAAAAAAUAGAUCUAAAAAGGCACAACUUAUACUGUGGAUUUGUAAAGGAUACAAAAUUAAAUUGUACACACAUAAAUAUAUUAUGAACAUUAAAAAGUAAAUUCUAUGUGAUACUAUAUUAAUGAAAUCUAAUAUAGAUAUAUGCAUUUUUUCUUCUAUAGAGUAUACACACAUAUCUAUAUUUGAUAAUCUCAAAUAUAUAAAAGCAGCCCUUUAUUUAGGAGUGAGUUUUAUUUUUCUUCUCUUACAAUGAAAGACUGUAGUGUGUAGCUUUGCUUUCGAGCCCUGGAGGAGGAGACCACACCGAGCACUGAUCAGCACCACGGUCUCCGUCAGAAAUCUAAAUCAGUGCUCACCACAUUUCAAGGUAGAAUCAAGCGACUGGCUCUUUAAUUUUGGUGCUUUUCAUUGCUUUUAGUGUAAAGAUGAAUCAAACCCAGGUUUCAUCUCAACUUGUGGGUGGUCUUCUCUCUCUAGUAGCACAAGAGCUAUGAAGAGGCGUGUUUGGAUACACACUCAUACUAUACACUGGACUGGUGGGCCGUUGUAAUAAUGGCUGCCUCGGUUACAACAUUUCCUCUUUCACUGCUUUGUUCAUCAGUGGUAAUGAAGUAUGCUGCAUCAAACUGUGAUGAUAUAAACCCCCAUGUUAUCCCCACUACCCUCUAUUUUCCUCUUUGUGUCUUUUUUUACUCCUCACCACCAUCUUCGGUUAACAUGACCACAUGGCAGCCAUUUUUUUCAGUCACUCUCAGAAUGGGAAGCUAAAAUGCUGUUAUGAUUUUCUUUAGAUAUAUUUUGUGGCUUUUUGCCUGUAUCUGGAGAGGAUGGGGAAUGACAUGCAGUAAAGAACGACCCAACAGUUGAGCCACUGGUUCCCCUAUUAUGUAAUUCUGAUAUAUUCCAGGUCGUAAGUCAUAAUUUAAGAAAUGAUAGUGUUUUUAGUGCUGAAAGUUAUUAAAAAUGUAUCUCAUGAAUUAUAGACUUUGUGGUUAAUAUAUCACUUAUGUCAGUAAUUUGAGAGUGACUGCAUUACCUGUAGACUUUAUUAUAGUCUGACUUCAGAGCGUUCAUCUGAGACACCAUAUAACCCAGAAAGGAAGUGCUGUAAUUUUCCGCUACAAUGUAUUUCCAGUUUAAAUAUUUUUCCAAACAUUACAGACUAAGAAAACAUUUCAUAAAUAAAACAGAAAAAGGCCAGAUGUCUAAUCUUGGAUUAAAUUAGUAAACACCUGUUAUAGAAGUAGAUACAAGAAUGGUAGCUUGCUGUAGCUAUGUUAGCUUUAGCUUUGGCUAAAGCUAACAUAGGUACACUAGCUACAGUAGAUAAUGAACAUUACUACAUAAGCUGGCUUUACAAACUUGAGCUUAAGGAAAUGUAAUUAAAGCUGCAUAGCUAUGUUGCCGACAUGUCUACAUAGUUUACAUAACUGCUUUUUAGCUUAGCUUUAGUUAGCUUAGCUAUUUAGCCAAUGUACCUAAUCUAUAGCUAAGUUACCAUUAGCAACUCUAGCAUUAGCAAGUUGAGCUUUAGAAAAUAUAGCUAAAGCUAACAUCGCUAUGCUAGCUACAGCAGCUAAUGAACAUUACUACGUAAGCUAAGUAACCUUUUCUAACGUGAGCUUAAGCAAAUGUAACUAAAGCUACAUAGCUAUCUCGCCAACUUGUCUACACAGCUUACAUAGCUGCUUUUUGAGCUUAGCUUUAGUUACAUUAGCUUCUUCACUAAUGUAACUAAUCUAUAGCUAAGUUACCUUUAGCAAGUUAAGCUUUAACAAACAUAGCUAAAGCUAACUUGGCUACAUAGAUGAGGACUAUGAUGACGUCUUCAUCGUUUCCAAACAGGUCUGGCAGUUAAACAGGUUAAUGUCAUCUUCAUCAAGAAGAUACGUAGUUUACGUAGCUGAUUUGUGAGCUUAGCUUUAGCUAUGUUAACUACCUGUCCACUAUAUCUAAAGCUAAGUUAGCUUUAGCAACUUAAGAUUUAGCAAACUUAGCUAUGUGGAUAACGUAAAUAUGUAGCUUACAUACCUGAUUUGUGGGCAAGCUUCAUUAUCUAUGUAGCUUUGUUUAUGGCAUAACUAUGUAACUAUAUUAGCUAUAUAGCUAUGUUAUCUACGUAGCUGAGGCAGCCAACAAAGCUAUAUAAGCUAUGCUUACUGCCUUAGAAUGUCUUCAUUGAGGGCGAGCUUUUUUCUGUCAGCAGACUUUACUCCGCUUUAUUAAAUGUUUUGAAAUCAGGUUUUUCCCUCUGAGAUGUGCGGCGUCUCAGAUGAGACAGCUGAUGAGCUACCUCUUUUUGUACCUUUAAUAUGAGUCAUGUCUCCAGAUUUUCACCUCCAACCUUUUUCAGUUGCGUUACAGUAAAAGAGAAUAGUUGGCCAGUAGCCCAAAGUCCUAAACCUUGCUAUAUCGCAGCACAGCAGUUUGUUUACAACAGCUUUUAGCUUCCCACUCCUGAUAUCAGAGGAAAACGGCGGCCAUGUGAACUGGGUGAGCCCCUUUUUCUUCUGAAUGUGAAGAUGCUAACUCACAGUUGGUCUUAAAACGGCGUUUGGUCCUACUAUCUUCUGGUGUUGCUCUUAUUGCUCCAUACCACCUCUUCAUCUGUAUUUUGUAUAUUUUUUACUUGUUUUCUUACAUAUAACAGACUGUGUACAUUAAGCGUGAGGCUCUGCAUGUUUCAUCCUUGCUCUAGAGCCAGUGGUAACAUCGAUAUCAUAAUUAGUUCUCUUUAGUUACCAGUUGGAAGGUGAUUGAUGACGAUGAUGGUGAUGAUGACGAUGAAUAGCUGGCUGCAGAUAGUAAAUAUAUAUGAUAACUGAGUGUAUCAGGAGGCUGGACAGCCCAGGAAAGUGUAAAUAAAAUGCUCACACUAUUUUUACCUAAUGUUAACAGAGCUUUUUGUAAAUGUAUCUUGUGCUCAGACUCUGCUGUAUCAUUAUGAAUAUUGUAAAUACAAAAUAGCUGUCGGUCAUCUGUCCUCAUUGGGUAGAACUAUACAACUAAAUUAACCGUCAGUGUUCUCCCUGUUCUAGCUAUUGCUUUUGUAUUUUAGAGUGUAAUAUCACUAGCCAAAAAAAACUGACUAAGUAGGAGUUUGACUCUUGGGAAGUCUUGGAGGAUGCCUCCUUGGUUUCACACCAAGCCGAGUCCAGUCUCGAUGAGAUUAACAAGCACAAUCCUGUAUUUCUCAUCAGUCUAGCUCUAUGCACUUUUGUGUUCAGUGGUUGGUGUUUAAAUGAAGCUUUCUUUUGUUCAGCACAGCACCUGGUCCAGGUGUUUGAAAAACACGGCAAUGUCAAAAAGUAAAGAAAGGGAUUUUUUAGUAAGACUUAUUCACAAACCUUCAUAAAUUUAAGUUUGUGCUUUUUUAUUUCCUUUGGCAUCUUGUCAGAAACUAUUCUCUACAGCUGCAGGUUAUAAAGUGAGACUGAGUUACUUUUAACAAAUUAAGUUUAUCCUCUUACAAACUGAUAGAUCUCUCUGCAGCUAAAGAGUUACACUGCUGGUAAGCGGCUUCAGUGCUUCUCAGUCUGUUUUGGGAUGUGGCUUUUGGUAGUCAACAUUAGUCUGCUGAUAAUUCUAAAUUAUAGUCAGUUUGGCUUUAAGCUGCAAGUAAAUGAUUCCAUCCUCAGACUUCCAUCCUCAGACUGGUGACUAAAAUCAGUUAAUGUGGCUAUUUUUCUCCCCCAACAGCCUUCAGGUAGCUUAAACUCAGUCCCAUUUCAAAUUUUCACCCCUACCCCUUGUUUUCAAGUGCCCCAUGACCUUUGGAAAAGCGUGACAAGGGAUGGUGGCGAAAUAUCCCCCCUACAAAAUGGGACAAUCCCGAAGGCAUUCAUAGGUCAUCAAUAGUCAUUAAUAGGAUUUACAUAUCUAUAAACAACAUUACAGUACCUGGAAGUUUCCAAUAUGCUGUCAUCCUUGAUUUUUUUGCUGAUUGAUCGAUUGAUUCGCAAGGUAUUCUGGGAGAUUUCCAAAUUCACUUGGUUUAGACUGUACUGAUGGGUUGAUUUUAAAGGUUGAUGUACCACUAGCACUUCACCCUAUCCUUAUAUGCCAGCGAGAAAUGGAUUACCUUACCCCUAGAUGUCAACGUGAAUUGGGACUGAGCUUUUGUCUAUUUUUACUGGUUUUGUUGCAAACACUAUGAAAAAAACUUAGCCUUUUUUUGUUUUGUUUUGUUCGCAAAGACUGUAAUUUAAAUGCUAACCUGUGAUUUAGCGUUAAUGCUAGUAGAAGAGGCAGACACUGACCUCUAGAGAAUUCUGGAGCUCUGCAGGAUCCCACCUGCACUCAUCCAGCUGAUGUCUGCCCUAUAUUGUGGUACAGAGAGUGCUGUGAAAUGUUGUGGCUCCACCUCUGACUUCUUCCCAGUUGAGGAAGCUGAAAUGUUGAAAAUGCACAUCUCCUGGGCCAAAACAAAGAUCCAGGCAUUUGAGGAUGCCUUGGAUGCUGCCAUCAAAACCAGGAAUGGUGAGAGUUGGAAGUCGUUGAGCAGUUCACCUACCUAAGCAGUGUAAUCCAUCAAUCCAUUGACUGUGAGGCUGAGAUCAACCAGAUAUUUGGACUUGUGCAUGGGGCGAUGGUUUUGCUGAGCAAGAUAGUGUGGCGUUCCAGGUGUCUGAGCAUGCAGACGAAGGUUAGAGUCUCUUAUUCCUUAGUCCUUCCAGUCUUACUAUACUCUUGUGAGGCCUGGAUGCUGGCCAGAGGCACCGACUGGACUCCUUUGUGACAUCUUUUUGGGUAUCAUUGGCAAGACCGUGGGUCAGGGUCAGCUGCUUUAUGCCAUGUGGAGGGAGUAGAAGAUGCCUGCAGACACAGGCAUGGGCUUAGUGCAGGCCUGGAGGAUGGCCGUCAGGAAGUCAGACCAGUGUAGGACCAAGGUUCAUGCAGCAAAUUGCCUAACCAUGCAUAACAUCAUUAAAAGCAUUGGUUCUCCCAGUACCUUCUGAUGGCUAAUGCUAGCUGAUUUUAGAUAUAAUUGCCAGUAAAAGCACUGUAUCAGCUUUUUGAGUCUUCGCCCUUAAAACUAUCCUUAAGCGAAACACAAAGGUGUUUAGCUAAAAUGUGCUUUAGGGGUGUCAGUUUUUCAACUAAAGUUUCUCAGUCUCACUUUAUUCUGUCACGUAGAUGGCAGUUAUAAUAUUUUAUAUAAAAAUGCCAUUUAAUAUUUUUUAAAUACACUCUAAUGAUCAGUUUGAUCCCUUCAGUGUUCCCAUCUUUCUUUUUGGUGUUUUUAUUUUUGAGUCACUCCUCACAUUUCAGCCAGGCCGACAAAAGAUCAAUCAAAAUAUAAAGCUAUAAAUAAAGUAAAAGAUGUUGUAUGUUUUCUAUUAUCUUGUAGAAAAUACUUUUGUAAGUAUGUUGAAAGUAUAAAGUAUUUGCUGGAUUCUGCUUCCUUUGACAACAGUGACAAAACAAUAAUGUACAGAGGAAAAUUGUGUUGACAAAAUGUGGCUGUGCAAUUUAUGUACAUUUGCAACUAGACCUAUUAAAGUUUUAUUUAGCUAUUUUAAAAUCUCA